CCAAUCCCCCGUCUGGCAACACGGCGAGUGAGCGGCAGUCGGCCUCAGGCGUGCGCACCGCUCGCUCGCGUCGCCCGCGCUCAACGAACGUACAAAGUUUCUGUGAUGUAACUAAACGUUAUCAAACUGUUUAUACCUAAACCCCUCGGUUCUCUUGUCCUAGUGUUUACGUUCCGUUUCUGAUUCAGUGUUCAAUGUGAAGACGGUGAUUUAAAUUUCGAAUUGUGAUGAGUUGACCAAAGUGCAAUAUCUAAUAAAUAAACCCAAAAGUGCAAAACACAGUGCAAUAAUGCCGCGGUGAUGCGUGCAAACAAGUUCAAAAAAGUGAAAUUCAAGUACCCAAUGUGACAAAAUGUUACGCCACGACGCAAAUAUGGACUCAAACUUCCUCACGGCAGACCCUCCACCUAUCACCGACAUGGAUUAUCAGCCAAAAACGGACUUAGCCACAGAAUACUUUAACACAUUCAAUCAAAUCUGUGAAAACUACAGACCGGAAUCUGACGUCAAUUUGCGACAAACUUCAGACUCUUUAAGACUAUCUUCGGAAAUAUUAGACGGGGUUAGAUCUGAGUUUAUAACGACAGAUUUCUCCGACAAAGUGAAUGACGUGGAGAAGUUUUUGAACGGGAAGGAGCAGAUCUUUCAGUUUGGGCAGCCUGAUGCUUCGGCGCUGUUGAGGCACAGGGCCAGGCGGCGGUUCAACGAGGAACAUGGGCUGCCGCAAGCGGCCACCAGUCAGGAAAGUGGGUACGGCAGCGACGAAUUCGGUCACGACUCCCCGAGCCGAUACGCCUCACCAAAAGGCGCGGGCGGCGGCGCCUACCAAGAACCUUACUACGCGGGCGGCGAGUGGGCGGGCGGCUACUACCAGCCCCCGCCGCCCUACCAACACGACACAUACGGGGCGUCACCCGGUCUCCCAGGCGCGCCGAGCGAGCCCGCGGGGGCGGAGCUCCCCCUGCCGCCGAUGUCGUCGUUCCGCGCCGCCGCGCCCCACCACUCGCCCACCGACAUGCUGGUCUCCAAGCCCUUGCAGCCUAUGUACGCGUCAGCGAGCACACCGACGGUAGCGGGGGAGGCCGGCAGCCUCUCCUCGUACGGCUCCUCGCCGUCCACCCCCGUGCACUCCCCACCGCCGCUACCGGCGCGGCUGUACCCUCCUCUCAAGCACAGCCCCCACAUGCACCAUCACACACAGGGCCCCAACUGGGUCGCGAGCGGAGUGGCGUCCCCCGGCAGCGCGGGCACGCCGCACCCGCACGGCGUCGUGCUGCCCAACGGCCACCAGCACGUCGCGGUCUUCCCGCCCAAUGUUAUGGGCGCGCCGGCGGAGCAGCGGCAGCUCGACGAGGCCAUGGUGUUCCUCCGGGAGCACUCCGACGUGGGCGGCGCCAGAAUGGAAGAAAGGUUGGACGACGCCAUCAACGUGCUGCGUAACCACGCGGAAGCCCCUGAGCUGUACCCACAGGAUGUUCACCACCAGCCACCAGUAUCUCGGUUGGGCCCCGGGCCGGGCAUUCCCCAGCUGCACAGCGAGCCGCCCGUCAAGAUGGAGCGGCACGUGCUGCCCAACACCAGUACGUAUCCAAAGAAGCGCAAAGAGCCCCCGGAUUCCGGGCUGGACUCCAAACCCUCGUCGUCGGGCUCCGCCGACCUCGCCAAGCCCGGCUCCAAGCGCUCCCGGAGAUACGUCCCGCAAGCGCCGGCCUCCGACUUCGGCCGGUGUCGCCCGGGCCCCGGCCCUGAUGCAAUCUGCUCGUCGGCGGACGAGGACGACGUGGACCCGGACACCAAGGCGGCGCGCGAGAGAGAGCGCCGGCAGGCCAACAACGUGCGGGAGAGCUGUUCGUCGGCGGACGAGGGAGACGACGAGGGCGACCCUCAGGCCAAGGCCAUGCGCGAGAAAGAGAGGCGGCAAGCCAACAAUGCGAGGGAACGGAUAAGAAUACGGGACAUAAACGAAGCCUUGAAGGAGCUCGGGCGGAUGUGCAUGACGCACUUGAAGAGCGACAAGCCACAGACCAAGCUGGGCAUCCUGAACAUGGCCGUCGAGGUCAUCAUGACGCUGGAGCAGCAAGUCAGAGAACGUAACCUGAACCCCAAAGCCGCAUGUCUGAAACGGCGCGAGGAAGAGAAAGCAGAAGAGGCGCCCAAAUUGCUCGCCGCUCCCCUCCACCACUACCAACCCAUGCCGGGCAUGGGCCAGCUGCCCGGGCAGCCGCCGUCGGGCCCCGCGCCGCAAUAGCGACGCCGGCCGCGCGCGCCGCCCCGCACACCCGCACCCCUCUAACUGCCUGACAAGAACCUUACUGCCUACACGUUAAGGUUGAAGGUCAGUCGUAGCCGAGGCUGGCCAACUCCAGGCGAGGCAUUGUCGCUCGUCUUGUUUGGUGCGACUUUCGAAUGCACUUUGAAAUGCGUAAUACUAAAGUAUUAAGACGUAGUGCUUGCUAAGACGAGCGGGAAGGUGAUCAGUGCCGAAAACGCACAUGUGCGUUCGCAUUUAAAAAAAUCUGUGUAUAAAGUUUUGAUAACACUACGGAAUUAAAAGAAAUAGUAAAUUCUAACAAAAAAAAUACACUGAAUGUCACUGUUUAGACACCGGGCACCCUAAAAUGCCAUCUAGUGUAUUUUUAUUAAGUUAACAUUAUUUUUCUCUGAUUAUAUUUGAAGUGCAUUUCGAAGUUUCUCAAUGAGACGAGUUGCAAAUGAAGUAUAUUGUUUUGAAGUUUGAGGUAGCCAACGAAGCUAUUUAAAUGUAGUUAGUGACAAGGAUAACCUAUAGCCAUAUAUCAUUGUCACGGUAAACUUAAUUUAAAUAGAUUACUGAACACUAAUGUAUUUUACUAAGGGACUGUGUUAGUAUCUCGUGCUAUGAUUUAAGCCUUGAAGGCACAGGGGUGGACCCUAAAUAUUGGCCGGAUUAGAGCAUCAUUCGAGUGCUAAAUGCUAAUGUAUAGGCUUGCCCUCGCUCUUGACGACUAUGUGUGUAUUUCUUUAAUUAAUUUAAGUUUAAAAUCAAACGUGUCGGAACGGCGGAUCGGUCAGUUAUAUGUAAAUAUGAGUUUAGGUUUUCUUCACUUGAAAUAUCGGUUUGAAAUCGGGUGUUAAAUGCCAGGAACGCAUACGUGUCGUUAUAAAAAUUGCUAAUUAGACUAUAUCGGGUAUAGCAAUGUUGAAAUAUUAAAGACCAAGUUUGUUUUGCGUAACAAUAUUUCUGCAAAUACGUUUGUGGCAGAUGUCAGAAUGCGAUGGUUUGAUUGAUAAAAACCUUAACAAAAAGCGGGCUUAACGUGUUUAUAUAUUUUUGAUCGAAGGCCAUUGCGAUAAGUUUGUAAAUGAAUCUUAUUGGCUAUUGACAUGUUUUUAAUCUUGAAUAUUUAGAAAAAAACAAAUAAAUAUAAUCAAAUACGUUAAUUAGAAUUUGAAAUAUUUUUUUAUUUAUAUUGUGUUUUUGUUGUAUUUCUUUGUAAAUUAUAAAGUGUUGUUAUUAAAUCAUAUGGCACUUUAGCAAAAUAUAUUUGUAUUUAAAAUCUAGAAAUUAUAAAGAUACACACAUAGUUGCUUUAAUAUUUUUUGAUAAAAAACGGUUUUUAUUUUUUUUACCCAGUGACGAGUUACUAAAGUCAUUUUAAAAUCUCUGUACUUAAAUAUUGGGUUAAAUUGGACUGUUGUCAAAAAAGUAAUCGUCUUUAUUUUGUAUACCUGUACAUUUUUUAUGUUUGUUUUGUGUAUGGCUAGUUCAAAACCUAUUACAGAUGAAUUUGUAUUUAUUAUAUUGGAGAAAAAUAGAAAGCAUGUUUUUAUUUGUAUUUUUUUCUGCAAGUUCAUCUGUAUUAGGUAUUUUUGUUUGUUUUUGUCAGUGACUUGGUACUCUCAUAUAUAAUUGGUACAUAAGAAGGCCAAAUGAUGCAUAUGUCCCAAAGAAAGUAGCGGCAUUUACCUCGGACUAUACUAAGUGUAAAAAGGAUAGUUUUCUAAACACACAUCCCCAGAAACGAGAUUAAAAAUGUCUUCACCCCAAAGACAGCAGAAUUGUACAUUACUAGCCUAGCGUAUGUAUAGGUAUAUAUAGUGUAAUUGAUAGGAUAUACGGAAAAAAGAUAUUUUUAAUUACGAUUUUAAAGUUCUUUUUUGCUGCCAUAAGCGUAGUGUAGGCGGAGUUCCGAGUACAUUUUUCAGACGACGCCUAUAAUACUCAUUUUUGUUUUUGUAAAUGCGUGUUCUAGGCCCUCCCCUCUUUAGUUAUUCGCCACUGCUCUCACCAAAAAUCGCUUGACAAUAAAAUACUCGAAAAUGUACUCGGGAUUCUUGACGUGAUUUUUUUAUUGUAAGUCACGUUUGAUGAUUUCUAAGCAUGCUAAAUCGAGCAUGCUGCAUAGGCCGCUAACUUAAGAUCGUACUUAGUUGAGGACUCCAGUGAUUUUUGGAGCUCUACGAAUUUCGUAGUUAUUUUUUUAUACACGUUUUUUAGUUUUUAUUCGGUAGCUAUCGGAGAUGAGGCAACUAAACGAAAUUGUUGUAAGUUACCUUUUUAUUGUGUAAUAAAAAGAGUUAUAUAUCGUACUGUUGCAUUUACAAUUAAUUAAAAUACACGUUAGAAUUGAUGGUGGAGCGUUCUAGUUCAAACAUAAAUUAAUAGAACAAGAUAUAAACGUUUGUAACCACAAUUAAUUCUAACUCGCCUUAAAUUAUUAUUGUAAAAGUAUAAGAGCGUAAUAAUCAAAUUAUAUGAUGAAUAAUUAUUUUCAUAAUACAAUUAUUUUGUUAUUUGAUCUCACGUGAAUUAAAUUGUAAAAAUAUAUAUUAUUGCCAGUGACGACACAUUGUCGUGAUUUACGUAUACAGUGGAAAAUAUUACGAAUUUAAAUUUAUUAUAGUAGGUAUAUUUGUUUGUGUAAGGUAUAUAACUCUAUUUAUUAGUUUCCCAAAGUAUUUCGGUAUCCCCGGUGAAUGCAUAAUGUAAAUACUUCGCUCAAUAUCGGCCAUACUUUAUUUACAUUCGCUAUUGGCUGGUUUCAUUUAAGCAUAAUAAAUUAUUAUUAAUUAUUUUGUACCGUAUCAUGACGAUCUUUAUAAGCCCAUCUCUUCGUAACACCCAACGAGUAUUGUGUGACAAUUAUAAUUUGUACUGGUAUAGUAAUUAUAUUAUGUGUAAAGUAUAAAAUUAAUAGUUGUUUCAUACGUUAGAUGUUACGAAGAGGUAUAUUUCGUUCUAAAAUGUAUUAUAUAGAUGUAAGGUCUUUUGACUGCGUUAUAUGAAGACAUACCGCGAUUUUCGCUUGCGUCGAGUUCAAAUAACUUAGUUUUAACUUAGUUCACCCUUUUAGUUUAGUUUAGUUGACUUUAUCUUCCAAUUAGAUUAUGUUUAAGUUUCUUUUUGACUUGUUUGUGGCUCAGAAGGCACUACGCAUCGUCCUGGAGACGUUCGUUUCCGACUCGUGAAGCAUUUGAUCUGUUCCAAUCAAAUGCAUAGUUUAAAAUAUAACAAAAGGUCUAAUUAUAAAAAUGAAUAAUUAUAAUUAAAUAUAAAUGUGCCAUUCAUUUUGCUAA